UUUAAAUCAAGCAAUCUGAAUUUAUUGAUAAGAUUAUUUAAACGACCGGCAAACCAUUCGAACAGUCAGUUGCAGGUAUCGUUUAAUCAUGGCCCUUUCAGCAGUCGUUAUUUUUUUUGUGCUUGCUAGUGCAUAUGCGAUUCCAGCCCCAAGGGUUGUGGGCGGUGUGAAUGCCACCGAGGGGGAAUUUCCGUUUAUGGUGCAACUCAGAGAAUAUAACAGUACGGUGUUCGAUUGUUGUGGAACCAUCAUUGGGAAACGCUGGAUCUUAACUGCAGGCCACUGCGUGGAUGAUGAAUUAACGGUUCGUUACGGCACAAUCCACUUUGGCCAAGAAAGUUUCGAUCCCGAGUACGACAUAAAAGUUAAAAACGUGUAUCCCCAUCCAGAAUUCGAGAAUUAUGAUGAAGUUACGUGGACGUCGAUAAUAUGGCAUUUCUCGAACGAUAUCGCACUCUUUGAGCUCGAAAAAGAUUUGCCCUACGGUCCCAAUGUUCAACCAGUUGCCCUUCCAGAGCAAGACGCACCGGUGCCUGUUAAUGCCACCGGAACACUAAUCGGCUGGGGAUAUGUUGACAGUCGCUUCGAUCUUCCCGAUACUCUUCAAAAGGUCGACCAAACCAUCUUCGACAACACGUACUGUGAAAGCCGCUUCAAAAAAGACGAUCCUUUCAACGGCACCCAAAUGUUAUGCGGAGGUGACCUUGAAGAUAAAACAGGACAGUGCAAUGGUGACAGUGGCGGACCACUCAUAGUUGAUGAUGUGCAAAUUGGCAUAGUUUCAUGGUCAGACAAGCCAUGUAUCACGGGUCCGGGUGCGUUUACGAGAAUUUCGAUUUAUCGUGAUUGGAUUAGAAAUGUAACGGGCAUUUGAAGAAUAAAAUAGAUAUAUGU